UUGCAAUCAGUUGGAGUAUGCUCGCCACAAGUUCAACACCACAUUCUCAAUCCUCCGCGGCCCAAAGACAGUCACUUGUAUUGGCCAUUGAACGCAAAUAGCGCCAGGUUCUUUUAGAGAUCCAUUUCAAUGGCAUCAAUUGCGAGUACAAUAACUGCUGGAUUCAGCUACAGCAAGCCAAGAAUCGAGAGAGGAACCAAUCGAACAACUGGCGCUUCAAUCCCUGUUAGGCCUAGACGCGUGGUGCUGGUGAGAGCCGAAGCCCAACCUAUAAAUCCUGAGAUCAGGAAGAAUGAAGAGAAAGUAGUCGACAAUGUUGACAUCGCUGAGAUAUCGAAGCCCGUCACUGCUUAUUGCAGAUGUUGGAGGUCUGGAACUUUCCCUCUUUGCGAUGGAAGCCAUAUGAAGCACAACAAAGCUACCGGAGACAAUGUUGGACCACUGCUCUUGAAGAAGCCAAAGUAAUCACCAUGCUUUCUUUUUCAUAUCUUGGUUGUCAUUUGGAAUGUUAAAUACUUAUGAAAGUAUGAGGGUUCAGACUGAAUAAAUUUUGUUUCCUUUCUAAUAACUGGAUGGAGUUUGAGUCAUUAGGUGUAAUCUACACUCUACAGGGAAAGCAUUUGAUAGGAUUCAAUUCAGUCACCACUUAGUCGUGGGAAGAAAUGUAGGUUCUUGCUGGCCCAAUGGAUGUAAAUCAAAAACUUUUGUUGGGUAAUAAACAAAAAAAUUUCAUAUGUACA